AUGAGGUUCGCUGCUUAUGCUGGGGCCUCGGUAGCUCUGGCGAGUGGUGUAUUUUUGAAAGCGCUUCAUCAGAGGGCGAAUUUCUAUUCUGCUUGCGUGUAUCUCUCUCAGAGCAGUGCCAAUCUCAUGAUCCUGACGAAUGUAUGCCUUCUGGCCGUUGGAUUUCUGCUCUUCUGGCUCCAACGUCUGCUUUAUGGCCCCCUCCGGCCCAUCGAAACAGAGCAACUUUAUGAGAAGGCGUGGUUUGCCGUGACGGAGACAUGUUUGGCCAUGACGAUAUUUCGGGGAGAACUAGGGGCCUGGUUCUUGGUUAUGUUUGUUUCUCUGCUUGUUGGAAAGGUCUGGGGGUGGAUUGGGGAAGGCCGUGUGGAGUUUCUCGAACAGCAGCCCCCCGCGAACCCUUUUCUGUUUCACAUCAGAUUGGCGGUCUCCUUAUUACUAUCUGUCUUAUUCAACAUGUUCAUGCUGAAAUAUUGCAUCGACACCGUUCUCGAGCAAGCGCGGCCGGACAUGAUGGUGAUGUUUGGUUUUGAAUUCGCCGUGCUGACAAUCCUCUCGUCUUCGACUGCCGCAAGGUAUUCCAUUUCGCUUGUAGAAAUCUACGUCAAUCACCAACAGUUGAAAACCCGCGUCGAGGAACGGCGCCAGGAGAUCAGGACUGCUCGCGAGCAGGCUGAAGCGGAGCACGCGGCAUCCGAAGAUCACACCACAACCCCGGAUUUACCGAAUGAGAAUGACAUCAAUGAGAUGGAACUUGACAUCGCCGGCUGGGAGGAAAAAGGACGCUGGGUUUUCUAUUUGGAUCUUCUCACCGAUUUCCUCAAACUUACCGUUUACCUGUCUUUCUUUUUUAUACUUUUUACUUUCUACGGUCUGCCCAUCCAUAUUCUUCGCGAUGUGGUGGUCACCAUACGAUCAUUUGGCCGGCGAAUUAUGGAUUUCGUGCGAUACCGAAACGCCACACGUGAUAUGAACGAGAGAUACCCAGACGCCACCGCUGAGGAAGUCGCAAGGGAAGAGGUGUGCAUCAUUUGCCGGGAGGAGAUGACUCACUGGCAACCUGGAGAUGGACCGGCUGCACGAGUUUCCGAGCGACUACGCCCCAAGAAACUCCCAUGUGGCCACAUUCUACAUUUCUCUUGCCUCCGAAGUUGGCUGGAAAGACAGCAGAAUUGCCCGACAUGUAGACGACCGGUCAUCGCGCCUCCUCGUACCCAAGGGGCAGCUGGGGUAAAUCCAGGCCAAGGGAACGGUGGUGCCGGCCAACGACAGAAUAUGCCACCCGGAAACCAACCCGUCGACCGAAACGGACCAGCGGAUGGUCUUCCAAGGGCUCGAAUUUACCAGUUCGGCCCGUUCAGAAUUGGCUUUGGCGCAGGAAGGGGAGAUCUUUUCAACAACCUCCAUCAACAGAUUCAUCAGGGUAACGCACCCUGGCAGCCUGCUAAUAACGCUAAUCCUGCUGGUGCCAGACAAAUUGGCUUUGGCUUUGGACUUGGACGACCUCCACAACCACCACCUGCUCCCGCCGCAACCCAAGGGGUACCGACGGCCACGUCAAGUGUGCCCAACCUGCAAAACCAGCUACUACAGAUGGAGCAGCAGAUCGUAAAUGAGAUCAAUAGCCUGCGCGUUACGGCUGAUCAGCUGAACCUGGUUAGGCUAUUGCAGACGGAGCUUCAGCGCCUUCGUACCCUGCAGUCCCAACCAACAGAUACCCAGAACAACAUUCCACAAAGCCCUUCUUUAUCCAUACCCCAUACAUCACCCGGCACCAUGCGCAAUCAAUUUGUUUCUGAUCCGGGUACACCGUCUAUUGGAUCCGGAGACCCCCGUCUUCCUGAGGGGUUGACUCUUCCCCAAGGCUGGACCCUGGUUCCUCUCCACUCCGCACAAGGAUCGAGUAGAUCGUUGAACGACAUUGUGGAUCCAACUUCACUGGAAUCCGCGCCUGCUGUACCGACGUCUGAUGACGUCUCCGGUUCACAAUUCCCGGCGGACGCUGAAAGCCAAGGACUGAGUGGUAGUAACGAUGCCGCGGCCUCAUCCACUCCCCGGCCUUCGGAGCCACCAAAUUGGAGAUCGGGAACCAACCCACUCACAACAGAUCCCAGCACUGAACCUCUCUCUCAGCACUGGACCGAUCUCAGUGCGGAGAGCGAAAUGGCGGGUAGUUUAGCUACUUCAAGUAACACACAAGCUGAGCCUCACAGGCUUGAGCACGGUGGGGAGUCACCGACUGAAGCCGAGACAUCAGAAUCACCGUCCAAGGGAAAGGCGCGAAUGGCUACAGUAGAAGACGUAGCAGAUGAUGAGACACGAUCAUGA